AUGGCUCCUAGUGCUGCUGUUCCAUGUGAUGAUGCCGGCCGUGAGCUCCCUCACGUUGCCAUCUUCCCGUUCAUGGCGAGAGGCCACACCAUCCCGCUCACCCACCUGGCGCACCUCCUACUACGCCGGCGCCUCGCCACCGUGACCUUCUUCACCACCCCGGGCAACGCGGCCUUUGUAUGCGCCGCUCUGCCCGACGGCGUCGACGUGGUCGAGCUCCCGUUCCCGGACGGGGAUGGCCACGCUUCGCAGGGUGCGGAGAACGUCGAGGGUGUUGCGUCGGCGUCCUCCUUCGCCACCUUCGCAGAGGCCACGUCGGCGCUGCGACCGCGCUUCGAGGAGGCGCUCGCGGCCAUGCGUCCCCCCGCCACCCUGCUCGUCGCCGACGCGUUCCUGUACUGGACCGGAGAGUCGGCCGGCGCGCUCGGCGUUCCGAGGCUGUCGUUCCUGGGAACAUCCGCGUUCGCGCACGUGAUGCGGGAGGCGUUCGUGCGCGACAAGCCAGGAUGUGGGCCUCCGCAGUGCGACACUACGGGCGGCGCCACGGGCACCUACACGGUGCCGGAGUUCCCUCACGUCCAGUUCGUGCUGGCCGAUAUCCCUCCGCUGCCCAUGCCGGCGAUAGUCCUCGACGCAAAGAUGGGUAUGGCCGUCGCCGGGAGCCGCGGGGUGAUCAUGAACACCUUCCACGGUCUGGAGAGUAGCUACAUCGAUCACUGGGACCGGCACGUCGGGCCCAGGGCCUGGCCCAUCGGCCCCUUGUGCCUAGCCCGGCAACCUUCUUCCACCAUCGUCGACGAAGUCCAUAACUCCAAACCCUCAUGGCUGCGGUGGCUGGACGAGAAGGCAGCCGCCGGCCAGUCCGUGCUCUUCGUCGCGCUCGGGACGCUGUUGGCGGUGUCGGACGAGCAGCUCAAGGAGGUGGCUCGAGGGCUGGAAGAGGCAGAGGUGAACUUCCUGUGGGCCGUGCGGUCAGACGAUAGUGCUGACCUCGGCAUAGGAUUCCACGAGCGCGUCCAAGGUAGGGGCAUGGUAACGGGAGGGUGGGUGGACCAACCGGCAAUCCUCCAGCACGACUGUGUGAGAGGAUUCCUAAGCCACUGCGGAUGGAACUCGGUACUGGAGAGCGUGUGCGCCGGCGUGCCGUUGGCGGUGUGGCCGAUGGUGUUUGACCAACCUCUCAAUGCGAAGCUGGUCGUUGAUGAACUUAAGGUCGGUGUCAGGGUCAGGUCCACCGGGGGGUUGGUUAAGGGUGAGGAGGUUUCGAGGGCGGUGAGGGAGAUAAUGUUAGGGGAGACAAGGGUGUCGGCGGCGAAGAACGCGGCAGUUUUGGCGGGGCAGGCACAACACGCCAUGUCAGCUGGUGGUUCGUCGUGGAAGAUGGUGGAGGAGAUGAUCAGCGAGCUGUCUGGGCAGCCGACAGACAAGGCUAGCAGGGCACACGUUGGUGGCAAGUAG